UUAAUAGCACAGGGAGUUUGUCCGGCCUGGAAAGAAGGAAAGAAAGUGACAGAGAGAGAGAGAGAGAGAGAGAGAGAGAGAGAGAGAGAGAGAGAGAGAGAGAGAGAGAGAGAGAGGACAAAAAGAGAGAGAGUAGAGAGAGAGAGAAAGGGCAGAGACCCUGUCACCUGCAUGACUUCGGUUCACAAGGCAGGAAACUUCACAUGAUUCUGUCAGCUCCAGUGGAAGGAACAUUGUUUUGGUGGAAUGGGUCAUGCUAAUCCAGCCUGUAGCUUUGAUCACGUUGUUUUAUUACCAUCGGUGUGACAAAGGGUUGCUGCACAUAAAGUGACCUAUUUAGAAUAGCUGGAGUAAAUUAUGAUCUUUGUUGUGGUGAGAAGCUAAGUACAAAGUUCCAGUUUGAGUGUGUGAAUGUGUGUGUGUGUAAGUUUGGUCCUCUUCCAUCAUGAGAUCCAGCAGGAGAAGUUUCCUGCUACGCCGGUCUAAUUUCUGCAUGUAUGUGACUUACCUGUUAGUGACAAUACAUCUGUGUUUGGGACUGGAGAUUGUUUGGGGCUGGGGAUUACUGCAGUAAAGUAUGUCCCCUUUUCAUCAAGCCCUUUCCCCUCUCAUUCAUGCUUCUGUACACAGUGUGGAAGCAGAAACCCGAUGUGUGGAGCCGCCAGGGCCCCACAUAGACGGCCCUUACAGCCAGACCACAGCGUACCUGCGUGGCACCGAGCGCUACAGUGACAACAGCAGGUGUCCUGGUCCUCCAGGCCCCCGAGGGCUUCCGUGUGUGGCGCCUCCCAGCUCGGCCAGCCUUGCCUGGGCACUGCGAACACGUCAUCAGCCUGCCAGUCUGGCCCUCCGCAAGCAAGAGGAGGAGGAGAACAAGAGGUGCAAGGCCAGUCUCUCUGACAGCUAUGAGCUCUCCACAGACCUACAGGACAAGAAGGUGGAGAUGUUGGAGAGAAAGUACGGUGGCUCCUUCGUGAGCCGCAGAGCAGCCCGGACCAUCCAGACGGCCUUCCGCCAGUACCGUAUGAACAAGAACUUUGAGCGCCUCCGCAACUCGGCGUCCGAGAGCCGCAUGACGCGACGCAUCAUCCUGUCCAACAUGCGGCUGCAGUACUCAUUUGACGACCGCCAGGCGCAGCAGCAGGGGGCCGGAACACAGACAAACUUCACACACAGUGUGGGUAUCGGCCCUCCUCAUUCACCUGACACAGAGCGGACAGGAGACUACACACACCUAGAAGACUCCUUCUCCAAACAGGUAAAGUCCCUGGCUGACUCCAUAGAUGACGCCCUGACCUGCCGUGGAGGGCGGGAUGACUCCCAAGAGGGUAGCAGGGAGGGCGGAGGCAUCAGUGAUGACUUUGGGGAGUGUGUGUGGAGCAGCAGCAGUAACCCCUCAUCCCGCAGAGGCCUGGGUGAGAGAUCCCGAGGAGGUGGAGGAGGCCUCAGCAUGCACGGAGACAGCACAGCCACCUCCUACAGUGAUGUCACUCUAUAUAUGGAUGACUGCAUGCCCUCCUCGCCCCUGUCUCUGGACCGGGCCCCCAGCAGCACAGACACAGAGUACUGGGGCCCCAGGGGAGGCGUGGGGGGCCGUGAGGACAGCAGGGAUACUGAGGGAGGGGGUAGUAGUAACAGCCGUCGCAGCACCCCCUGCACGGAGUGUCGAGACUACCGUCUAAGGGGCGCCCACCUGCCCCUGCUCACCAUCGAGCCCCCCAGCGACAGCUCCGUGGACACUAGCGACCGUUCAGACCGUGGCUCCCUCAGCAGACAGAUCUAUGAGCAGGAGCCAGCAGGAGGAGCAGGCUCUCCUCAGGGAACCCUGAAACACUCCCCUAACACUCCCCGCCCUGUCUCCACAGCAGCAGCGCAGGGCCAGACCCGGGCCCCUGACCGGGGCCCCCCCCUGCCCACUCACAUCCCCCAUCACGUGGCACACCACCAUCACCACCACCCUCACCACCACCAGUACCCAGACACCCCCUCGUCCUCGUCCUCCCCCCAGCAGCCCCCCACCACCCCCCUGUCCUCCUCCUCCUCUGCUGCGCUGCCCCCUGGUGGCCUAGAGCAGCCCUGCCUGUCUGACGGGGACAACGACUCUCUCAACUCCACCACCAACUCCAACGAAACGGUGAACUGCAGCUCUGGCUCCUCGUCUCAGGACAGCUUGAGGGAGCCCCUACCCCCUCUGGGCAAGCAGACCUACCAGAGAGAGAGUAGACACAGCUGGGACUCACCGCCAUUCAACAACGACGUAGUGCAAAGACGCCAGUACCGCAUCGGACUCAACCUAUUCAACAAGAAGCCAGAGAAAGGGAUCCAGUACCUGAUCGAGAGAGGCUUUGUGUCCGACACUCCGGUUGGGAUCGCUCGCUUCAUCCUGGAGAGGAAGGGCCUGAGCAGACAGAUGAUUGGAGAAUUCCUUGGUAACCGGCAAAAACAGUUCAACAAGGACGUACUGGAUUGUGUGGUGGACGAGAUGGAUUUCUCUGGGAUGGAUCUGGACGAUGCUCUGAGGAAGUUCCAGGCCCAGAUCAGAGUUCAAGGAGAAGCCCAGAAAGUAGAGAGGCUCAUAGAGGCUUUCAGUCAGCGGUACUGUGUGUGUAACCCAACGCUGGUCCGCCAGUUCCAGAACCCAGACACAAUCUUCAUCCUGGCCUUCGCCAUCAUCCUCCUCAACACGGAUAUGUACAGCCCCAACGUUAAGGCAGAGAGGAAGAUGAAGAUAGAGGACUUCAUCAAGAACCUCAGAGGAGUGGACAAUGGCCAGGACAUUCCCAGGGAUCUGUUGGUUGGGAUCUACCAGCGCAUCCAGAAGUGGGAGCUAAGGACCAAUGAUGACCACGUGUCCCAAGUGCAGGCAGUGGAGAGAGUCAUAGUAGGCAAAAAGCCUGUGAUGUCUCUGCCACACCGCAGGCUGGUAUGCUGCUGUCAGCUCUAUGAGGUGCCUGACCCCAACCGACCCCAGAGGACAGGAGUUCACCAACGGGAGGUCUUCCUGUUCAAUGACCUGCUGGUGGUGACUAAGAUUUUCCAGAAGAAGAAGACUUCUGUGACGUACAGUUUCAGACAGUCCUUCCCUCUAGUGGAGAUGCAAGUCCACAUGUUCCAGAACUCCUACUACCUCCACGGUAUCCGUCUGACCUCAGCAGUGUUGGGUGGGGACAGUAAGGUCCUUAUCGUGUUCAUGGCUCCCAGUCAGCAGGACCGCACCCGCUUUGUCAGUGACCUGAGAGAGAGUAUAGCUGAGGUGCAGGAGAUGGAGAAGUACAGAGUAGAGUCUGAGUUGGAGAAGCAGAAAGGGGUGAUGAGGACUGGCCUGCUGACCGGCUUGGUCGGAGGCGGAGUGGGGGUGAAGGGUGAGGUGGUGAACGGCACCCUGGGAAGGCCCAGUCUAGAUGACAACUACUCUGCGGGAGAGGGACUGAAACGCUCCGCGCUCAGCUCAUCUCUCAGAGACCUAUCAGACGGAGGGUUCCAUCAUUAGCAGCCCCCGGCCCCACCAGUGUUACCCGGUUCCGGGCGUGAUCCCAGGCUGCUACCCUACAGAAGACUACCGGCCGCAUCGCCCCAUCCUGAGCCCCG